UUAAUUUUCAAACUCCCCUUCCCCCACCUGCUCCUCCUCCAUCUGUUAAACCUCGCGUCGCGUCCCCUUUCUCCCUCCCCUCUCCUCUCCUGCUGCCACGAGGUGCGACCAGCUCCUCGGGGCGGAUGAAAUCACGGGCGUGAGGCUGAGCACGAGGAGGAGGCGCGGGGGAUGAUGGGGUGCUUGUUCGGCUGCUUUCGCGCCGCCGCCGGCGGCGGCGACGGCCGGUUCGUGUCUCCGUCCCUGGCCCCGACGAGUCGCAAGGAUGGUGGGGGGAGUAGGACGAGGCCGCCGUCCAGGAACGCGCUCUCCGCCGUAUUCCUGCGAGAAGAUGAGGGUUCGAGGCUGGAACAGACUGCCUGCUCGUGGACGAGCGAGAGCGCCCAAAGGAAGAGGAUGGAUCCGGAGCUCGAGCACGAGACCAUUAUCCAAAAGAGCUGUGGUACAUCACUUGAAACUACAAAUGAAAUCCAAAGAAUGACAGAAAAUGUGGAUUCAGUUCAUCAGAGGGCAACACAUUCAGGAUGUCUUCCUGCCAUGUCUGACAAUGAACAUUUCAUGGAAGGGCUGAAGGUUGAGGAUUGUGAAAGGCCUUUAACGUUUCAUCAGAGCUCCACUGUACCAGAUGCAAUGAGUUCUUCAAAAGCCAGUGAUGAGAUGCAGACUCCAGCUACUUCUAAUGCAACUGACUUGGAAGGGUUGACAAAUGAGAACAAUAGUGAGGCUUGUGCACAGAAUGAAUACCAAGUUAUGGAUCCUGUCAAGGAUUAUGGAAAAUGUGGGGAAUCAAGAAUAGAUUUCUGUCAGCCUGAUCAAUCAGAUGAGGAUCCCAAGUGCACAAAGAAUGACAAUUUGAUCUCGAUGGAAAUAUCGUUAUCUGGUGAAUGUUCCCUUUUUCAGAGCUCUGAGGGUUCUGUGUCAUCCUUCAACAAAAUAAGAGACAGCACGAACACAGCCUCUAUGGAGAAGUCCCUGACCACUGAGGCAACUAUUCAUGCCACCAGAAAGAAGGUGCUGAAGAACAGUGAUUCAGACCUGGAACUCCCAAGCUUGGCCCAGUGGUUGAAGCCUCCAAAUCCUAAGAAACCAUUCAGUGAUGUGACCUUGACAGGUGACAGAACUGCUAGUUCGGAUGAGGACAGACCUAUAAUUGGAAUGGUUGCAGCACACUGGAAAGAUAAAGAGCCAGAAAAUUUUACACCUAAAUGGUGGGAUGGAAAUGGAAUUCCCAAUUCAACAAAUAAGUACAAAGAAGAUCAAAAGGUGAGUUGGCAUGCAAUGCCAUUCGAGGAGAGGCUUGAGAAGGCUUUAUCUGAAGAGAAGUUGCUUUCCGAAAGUGCUAUAAUAGGAACUGCUCCAGUGGGAAGGCAUCUCAGUUUUUAGGAGUGGAAGGUGAAGAGAGUGAUACCGCUGAAUCUAACCGUCUAUAUGCUGCUACUUACGCAUGACUAUUUCUGUUCACCAAGAGUUACUGAGGCUUUCAGUAUAAUGGCUUCCUGCUCCUGGUUUGAUGGCAGUAGCACAGUCCUGUUUCCUUCUUUAUCCUUCAGUAGGUAAUAUCCAGGUGUGAUGUUUCUGUCGAUUACUUUGUACUUAACUAUUAAAGAUGAAUGGCUUAAGAUAAGUCAACAUUGUUGAUUUCAAAUUUAGUUGGUGCUCAGGUUCACAAGUAUUGCAGGUAGCUCUUUUUGUUCUGUUUUUCUCGCAGUGGUUUCUAUUAUCUCCUGCUUGAUGGCGAGCUUCAUUCUACUA